UCGAUAUUCCGGCGGGAGUCGUCUCGGAGUAUCGGUACGGAGGAGUGAGGACUCCGUUUAUAUAUGAGGAGAGAAACGCACGGUGGACGCCCUAGGGUCUGCCGGUGCAGCGAUGCAUCGCGUACACGUCCCAGCUUCCUAAUCUACCCUUCCCUCAUCUCUGCAACUCGCUUUGUCGAAUAACUGAGGCCGCGACAAAGACGACGAUUGUUAUGUCGCUCACCGUCGGAGAGGGGUCAUCGAGGGUCGCCGCAAUAUUUACUCCAACGACUGCUGGAGAACUCAUAUUUUAUUUGUCUUCUCGUUUCGACGAAUUUUUCCCUUUUUUUCCCUCUGUUAAAUCGUAACCAUCGCGACCAGAUAGUCACGUCGGUAAAGUUGAUUCUCCUCAUUGUUCUGUAUUGUUGAUUUCGCCAAGAAUUUCUUUCUUUCGAUCGUCCACUCUUCUCGGUUCUCCUUUUUUUUCUUCUUUUUUUUGUUCCACGAUAACUCGUACAGGGAGAGCGUAUUGGACAUGUGCAUAUUUUGUUAGUGGUGAUAACUGCGCUCAUUACAAUUGCUGAUUCGCACGUGCCAAGCGCAUUGCUGAUACAGAGCGUAAUAACAUCUUAUCCUCGUAUUAUUCAUGGGAGAAUCCUUGUUAUGGAGAAAUUUUUCUUGGAACAAUUGGAAUAAAUAAUAUUCCAAUUGCGUAGAGAGGACGUUACGAUAUCGCUCUUAUUUUUAUUUCUACGAAUUGAGUUUGAUCGCGUUAUGUAGUUUUGUUGCAUUUGUGCGACGAGGAUCAAGGUUUGAUACGAUAGGGAAAAAAAAGCAAAUCAUACGACGAAUAUUUGCAGAUUACAUUUAGCAUUGGAUCGACGAUGAUCGAUGUUAACGAUGUUUUGCAAUGUCCGAUCAACGAGAAUAUCAAAAAGUGGUUGUUUUCACGCGGUUCACGCUUUCGAUUUUGCAGUGAAGACUUCGGGGCCAAAAUAACUAUUCGUAAUUGGAUCGAAGUCAACGUAUUGCUCAUGCUCAAUCGUCAAAAAUUAUGAUUCAACCGAGUCUCGCGCCCACUCUUCGGAAGAUGAUGACGAUCGAUCGUCGCAUGUUCUGAUUUAAAAAACUGACACAUACCAUGCCUAAUUAUUGAUAAAUAUUUUGUCAAAUUCAACGUCUAUUGCUGUGGGACUCGGAGAAGGAUAAAAAUUGUAACAGUAUCAUUUGCGCGAUCAUGGAGAAUGAGAACAAGGAAAUCAGCGCGUUAAAUGAAAAUUUUCAUUACAAUAGCAUGCUAGCUCGAGCGCUUGUCCAAUUAUUCCCUCAAGAAGACAGAACGAAAAUUCACAUGUGGCUGAAAAAACUGCAAAGCGUUGACGGCGAUGACAUCGACGCCUUGAUAAUUCGCAACGACUACAUGUGGCUUUUACUUCUCGUCAUGCAGAGCGGAAGUCUCACCGAACCCUUCAACAAACUUCCCCUGCACGCCAAAGACGGACUACCGCCUGUUUCCGACGUCAUGCCAACUCGAAUCUACCAAGAGGUCUUGGGUUCGUCGGACCAGAAUUUCUCUUGGAUUGACAAAGUAAUUUCUGAACCGGAUGUCCUUGAUGAAAAUGAGGAAGACGCAGUUCCCGUUAAAGUCGGAAUUGCGCCAUACACUUUUUUAGGCCAUCAACCCCGUCCUAUAAAUGGAAUCGCUUGUUAUUUUUCUGUAUUCAGCAAUAAAUCCUAGUCUUGAUUGAAUGUAGAAUUGAUUUUUCUUUGCCAUUUUUUCCCCUCCUUUUUGAGUAGAAUUUUUUUUUUGUGAAUUAUUAGUGACUUUAAAAUUCUGUUUGCAAUCGCUUGCAUUUAUUGGUCAAUUGAAAAAAAAUUAUUUACGCUUCUGGAUCAGGAUUUUGCGGUGAGAAUCGCUCCGAUAAGAAACUGGGCGAGUCAAUAGGCCUCGGUGACAGCAGCGUGGCCUAAAAAGUCGUAUACUCAUUAGUAGCU